CCUAACUGUCGGAUCUCUUAUUGGUUUGUUGCCUUUAUGUGUACCACACUGUCGGACGGUUUUUGACCAACCCCGUCGUUAGAGAAUCAUCAUGCUGGGGGGCAGGCCAACGGUGCCCAAGAAGCUCUCGGCGUCGCAGCAGGCGCUGCUGACGCUGCACAAGAUUCGAGCGCGGGGUUCGUUCCUCGUGGCUAAUGCGCUGCUACUGCUCGUGGUGUUCUACACGUCGCGCCGCUUCCCGCACAAGUUUGUGCGUAUCAUCGGAGAUUGUGACUCGAAUUGGCUGCAUGUGGACUCCCCAGAGAAUUCCGAGGCCAUUUGCUGCAAUAAUGAGGCAGGAGGCUACAAAGACGCUCCGUGCUACACUGGCAUGGACCUUAUGCCCGUGAUGGCCUCCUUUAAAGGAUCGUGGGCGAUCCCAUUGUCCGCUCUAGUCUUCAACUACGGCUCCAUGAUGCUGGGUCCUAACGUGACGAUGCCUCGCGUCCGCGUUUACGUGCGUCGUGGUCUUCUGUAUGUGGCGAUAAUGGCGUUCCGUACGGUAGUUCUAUACAUGGGACUAGGAUUGGUGGAAAAGCGGUUGAUUCACCUCUUUAUGGGUCACUCGGACCAUUCCUGCUGGUACGCUGAGCUGCGUCGCGGCAAGCGCUGUCCCGCUGACUUUGACCAUUCAGACCACAUCGUACUACUAGUGAGUCACUACUUGGCAAUCCCAUUGUUCGAGUGGUUUGCGGUUAGUGUCGAGAGUGCUGGACCGAGUCUGAAGCGGACGCUGCUGCGCGCAUGGCUGAUCAUCGUCUGCGGAAUGGCGUCGUAUCUGCUGUUCUUCACGGCGUCGUACUUCCACACGACAGCGGAGAACCUUGUCGGACUGAUCAUCGCACAGGGAUGUGUGAUGGCUCCAUUGAUGCUGCUGACUCAGGACUAUUUCUCCUCUUAUAAAUGGCUGCGUCUCAGCAACUUUGUACUUCCACCGGACGACCUUAAGAGGGACAGUUAAGACACUACGGUGUGUUAAGAACGCAGGACUAGAUAGCUAACAACUCUCCUGUAUUCAAACAUGCUGUUUAAUACGUUCAGGCCGAGAUAUACUUCGUAGUUGUGACAACACUGCAGUUGUAGUGCCACUACACUACCACCAUAACUCCAGCUGCGACACAGACCACAAUGGCUACCACUUGACGAGCCGA